AUGUCCAAGUCUUACGCCCCUCCCCAGGACCCAGCCAGCCAGUCGAACUACCGCUCGAUUUCGAUCCUUCAUGCACACCUAGACUGGAAUAUUCAUUGGGAUCGCAAGACUAUCUCCGGCUCAGUCUCACAUACUCUCCAAGCGCAUGAGGAUGGAGUGUCGGAAGUCAUCUUGGAUACUUCGUUCCUUUCGAUCAAGCAAGUUAGCAUCUUUGAUCCAAAAGCUACUCACUCUGACCCAUUAAAGAUUCAUCUAGGUGAACGUCAUCCAGUGCUUGGUUCAGCUCUGACGAUCACCCUUCCUCGAACAUUAGCAAAUGGACAACAAGUGACGCUGAAGAUUGAAUACUCAACCACCGCUGAUUGCACCGCCCUGGGAUGGCUAGAGCCCUCACAGACUGCUUCCGGCAAUCAUCCGUUCUUGUACUCCCAAUGUCAAGCUAUCCAUGCUCGUUCCCUGCUCCCAGUCCAAGAUACUCCUAGUGUCAAGUUGACUUAUACAGCCGUAGCUCAUUCGUAUUUACCAGUCUUAUUUUCGGGUAGAAAGGCUACUCCAAGCUCAAAUGUUGAUUCGAGUAUCAAGAAAGAUGAGCUCAAGGAAUGGAAAUUCGAGCAACCUGUCAAGAUCCCCAGUUAUCUGAUCGCGAUCGCUGCCGGUGAACUCGUCUAUCGUGAAAUGGGACACAGGACUGGUGUAUGGGCUGACCCGGCUACGAUUGACAUGGCAUACGAGGAAUUUGCGUCAUCUACUGAACGAUUCGUAGCCACUGCGGAGAAGAUCGUUGGAGUAGAUUAUGACUGGGGCUCGUAUGAUGUCUUGGUUCUGCCGCCUUCGUUUCCCUAUGGAGGGAUGGAAAACAGUAAUUUAACGUUCCUCACUCCGAGUCUUUUGACGGGCGAUAAGAGCUUGGUCGAUGUCGUUGCACAUGAAAUCUCGCAUUCCUGGUUCGGAAACAACGUCGGAUGUGCGAAUUGGGGUUCGUUCUGGCUCAAUGAAGGAUGGACCACGUACCUUGAGCGUUUGAUCUUACGCGAGAUUCACAGUGAUGCUGAGCGGUAUUUCAGUUACAUCAUCGGCCGAAAGGCUUUGGGAGAUGCCCUACAGGAGUUCAAAGACAAACCUAAAUUCCAACAAUUAGAAAUCCAAUAUGAAUUUGGCGAGGAUCCUGACCUGGCAUUCAGCUCGGUUCCAUACGACAAGGGUGCAAACUUUCUGUUAUAUCUUGAGGGUGUCGUAGGUGGUUUAGGCAUCUUUUUGCCAUACGCGAGCGAUUAUGUCAAGACGUUCAAGGGGAAGUCUCUGGACACGGUCAUGUGGAAGGAACACCUGUUCAAUUAUUUCGAUAACCAGCCCGAAGUGAUAAGCAAGUUGGAAACAGUGGAUUGGGAAGCUUGGCUACAUGGACAUGGCCUUGAACUGCCGGUCCAACCCAAAUAUGAUACCUCUCUUGCUGAUGACGCUUAUGCGCUUGCAAAGAAAUGGAAUCAGGCACGAAACGAUGCCUCGAUCAAAUUUGAUCCAGAGGAUAUCAAAGAAUUUUCGUCAAACCAAAUCGUGGUCUUCCUCGAAAAGUUAGAUGAAGAAGUGGAUUGUUUCGAGAAGACGAUGGUCGAAACGAUGAACAAGAACUACAGAUUCAACAAGACGAACAAUCAAGAGAUCCGUUUGCGCUGGUAUUCGGUCAGCUUGAAGUCCGGUUGCUACUGCCAAGAUGCAGCCACUUGGGUCUCGAACAAAGGCAGGAUGAAGUUUGCUAGACCAGUAUACAGGGCGCUAUUUAAGGUCGAGCCGGAGUUGGCUAGGAAGACCUUUAAGGACAAUUCGGACUUUUAUCAUCCCAUCUGUCGAGCUUUAUUAUCCAAGGAUCUAGGCUUGUCUUGA